AUGCGGAGCCUUGCAGGUGGGAGCCGGGCUCCCCUGUGCCUGCUCCUGAUCUGUCUGUAUCUGCCAGGCCUCUUUGCACGGAGCACUGGGGCACCAGAGGAGAAAGUCUCCCCACAUUCAGGACAACCUUCCUUCACCAGCCUCUUUGACUCUGGACAGCCUCAGCCCAAGCCAGACUCCGUGAAUAAUAAGUUACUCGGGGUUCUUCCGAGGCUCAGCGAAUCUCCACAAAAUGGUGUUCUACCUGAGGGCAACUCUGAGGUGCCCAGUGGGCCUCCCAUCUGGGGGCUGCCCCCCAUGGAGCCCUGGCCCUCAGAGUACCCUCAGCAAUGGAUGGCUGCUGCUACUGAAGACCAGUUAGAGCCAGUGCUGCCAGAUGCCCUGUCAUACCUUUUCAGAGAUGGUCCUCUGCCCAAGGCUUCCUCUGCAUAUGUCAGGCAACCUUCACCAGAGGCUUCCUACCCUCAGGACUCAGAGCCUGGACCGCAGCCUGGUUCCAGUUCACUGGAAACUGAGGCAGAAGCCUUUGCCAGGAGCCCAUUCUGGUUUCUUGUCCACAAGCUUCUGCCUGGUUUAUCUGGGAAGAUCCCACGGCCUGGAACAUCCUGGGGAAGUGGAGGGGCUGGAACUGGGUGGGGAACAAGGCCCAUGCCAUAUCCUUCUGGAAUAUGGGGUAGCAAUGGUGUAGUAUCAGGUACUAGCUUGGGGGGUAGUGGUCGGUACCCAUCAGGUAUCUGGGGGGGAAAUGGUCGGUACCCACCAGGCAUUUGGGGGGGUAAUGGUCGGUACCCACCAGGCAGCUGGGGGGGAAAUGGUCGGUACCCACCAGGCAGCUGGGGGGGAAAUGGUCGGUACCCACCAGGCAGCUGGGGGGGAAAUGGUCGGUACCCACCAGGUAUCUGGGGAGGUAAUGGUCAGUACCCAGUAGGCAGCUGGGGGGGAAAUGGUCGGUACCCACCAGGCAGCUGGGGGGGUAAUCGUCAGAAUCGGCUUCCCCCAGGAGUCAGACCUCCUGGCUCUUCUGGGAGCACCCCCUAA